AUGACUAUAUCAUCUCAAUCCUCUCACUCAAUAGAAAUCGAUCCCAAAUUAGUAAAAACCAAAACUCAACCCAAUUCUAACUCACAACCUCAAGUUUCUCAGUCUAUGGAAAUCGACCUCACCGAACUCGAUUUUGCUCAAACUAUA